AUGGCCACUGCACAAUUGCACAGAACCUCCAUGAGUACGUUUGUACUUCCCAGUAAGAUAUCAACUGAGCAGCAGUCUUUAGUGUUAGUGAAGAGGCUUCUAGCAGUUUCAAUAUCCUGCAUCACGUAUUUGAGAGGAAUAUUCCCAGAAUGUGCUUAUGGAACAAGAUAUCUAUAUGAUAUGUGUGUCAGAAUUCUGAGAGAACAGAAGGAUUGUCCAGGAUCUACACAGUUAUUGAAGUGGAUGUCCGGAUGCUAUGAUGCUUUAGAGAAAAAAUAUCUAAGGUUGGUUGUUCUAGCUGUAUAUAGUAAUCCAGAAGACCCUCAGACAAUUUCAGAAUGUUACCAGUUUAAAUUCAAGUACACCAGUAAUGGACCAAUCAUGGACUUCAUAAGUAAAAACCAAAGCAGUGAAUCUAGUAUGUCAUCUGCUGACACCAAGAAAGCAAGUAUUCUUCUCAUUCGCAAGAUUUAUGUUCUAAUGCAAAAUCUGGGACCUUUACCUAAUGAUGUUUGUUUGACCAUGAAACUUUUUUACUACGAUGAAGUUACACCCCCAGGUUACCAGCCUCCUGGUUUUAAGGAUGGUAAUUGUGAAGGAGUGAUAUUUGAAGGGGAGCCUAUGUACUUAAAUGUGGGAGAAAUCCCAACACCUUUUCACACCUUCAAAGUAAAAGUGACCACUGACAAAGAACGAAUAGAAAAUAUUGAUUCAUCUGUAUUAACACCAAAACAAUUAAGAACACCACUUCAAAAAAUUCUUAUGGACAAAGAUGAUUUCAAAGAUGAACAGGAGCAUUACAUAAGUAAUGAUUUUGACAUUGAAACUAAAAUGGAAGAGCAGAAAAAAAAACCUGGAUCUUCUGAACUUGGAGAACCAGGUGUAGUUUGUGAAGAAGAUGAAGCUAUGAGGUCUAAAGAAAGUCCAGAUCUUUCAAUUUCUCAUUCUCAGGUUGAGCAGUUAGUCAGUAAAACAUCUGAACUUGAUGUGUCUCAAAGCAAAACAAGAAGUGGAAAAAUCUUUCAGAAUAAAAUGGCUAAUGGAAAUCAACAAGUAAAAUCUUCUAAGGAAAAUCGGAAGAGAAGUCAGCUUGAAUCUGCGAAAACAGUCCUUCAUCACCUUGAUUCUUCUAGUCAAGAGUCAGUGCCAAAAAGAAGAAAGCUUAGUGAACCAAAGAAAAAUACAUAAAAAAAUUUAUUUCUGGGCUUCCCUGGUGGCACAGUGGUUGAGAGUCCGCCUGCCGAUGCAGGGGACACGGGUUCGUGCCCCGGUCCUGGAGGAUCCCACAUGCCGCGGAGCGGCUGGGCCCGUGAGCCAUGGCCGCUGAGCCUGCGCGUCCGGAGCCUGUGCUCCGCAACGGGAGAGGCCACGGCAGUGAGAGGCCCACGCACAGCAAAAAAAAAAAAAAAAAAAAAUUUAUUUCUGCAUGUUUGCAAAGUUCUUCACAACAUUUA